AUGACCGGCACGAAGGGCAGAGGCCGGGGCUCCGUGGCCGCGCGGUAUGCGCGCGCCAACGCGCUGGUGGGGUCCGUGCUGAACAAGUUCCACAAUGGGUCGGAGCGGGCGGUGGACCCGUUCGUGAUCCGCACGCUGAAGGAGCACGAGCCGCGGCUGCUGGGCAUCCGGUGCUUCGUGGAGCAGGGGCCAGCGGAGGACAGUCGACGCGCCAAGGACGAGUCGCACGUGGUCAACCACACGACGCACGCGUCGGGCAUUUUCGGGCUCUUCACAGUCUGCGGGGGGUUGUUCGGACCGGGGGUAAUCAUGCGUCAGUGGGAUGCGUGCAGCGGAACGGAGGGCGACACGGACGAGCGGGAGGCCGCCAUGGCGGAGUACGUGGCUACGGUGGACAAGAUGCUGCCUGGGUGGGACGAGAGCCUGCCGGACCACCCCGUUGCCAGCACGGACCGCUUCUGGGAGGACGAUGCGACGGCGACGAACUGUCCGCUGUGCUUCGUCGCCUUCUCCGUACGCGAACGUCGUCACCACUGUCGGUUGUGCUUCUCGAUAUUCUGCGCGGGCUGCUGCGGACAGAUCCUGGAGGUCGCCUUGUGUCCAGGCGCGCCGCUGCGCGCGCAGCGCGUGUGCACGCCGUGCUAUCAGGCGGAGUACCGUGCCCAGCAGCUUCGAGAAGCGAGGAAAAUCAGCCGCGAGAACCAGGAACUCGAGCAGAGGAUUCGCGCGGUGCUGUCUACAGCGAAGCAGACACUUGCGGCCAAGCAGCAGGAGGAACAGAAAUUGCGCGCGCUGGCGAUUGACGCGGGCUGCGACGUACAGGCUCUCGAUGAGGCUAUUCAGAAGCAGCACGGCGGAUCCCCCAUAGGCUCCGCGUCAAUGGAGCUGCGAACGCCGCCAGCAGCGCACCGAUUCGCACCAACGCAAACCUCGGUGGAAGCCUCAAACCAGCUCGCUCUGGCUCAUCGGCAACUAACGAUGAGCUUCAAGAUGGCGCAAUGUCGUGCUCAUCGGGUGCUCGACAAGAUGAACGCAACAAUCGCGGCGUUGCGAGAUGCUGUGAACACUCAAAAGUCGACGAACAACAGGUCGCCAUCGCCUGAUCAUGAAGACAACGGAUGGAGCGCCAUGAUUCGCCACACGGACAGUUUCCUCACGCAAACCGAUCGGGAGGCGCUGCAAGUUGUUCCGGAUGAGCUCUACAGCCGUUUACGCUCUCGAAGUAGCAGCUCCGUUGACAACUCGGCUGCAUCGGACCAAAGUAUUGCCAUGCUGUGGCAGACGGAGUGUCUGAAAGAUAAUCGGACGCGGACUUUUGUCACAGACUUGGCUGAAGCUGUGCGUGCCAGGCUAGAUGCUUCGUCAGGGUCAGAUACUGAAGACUCGGACGCGAAUGAGGCACCCGUGGCCACGUCACCGUCCAAUUCGGUACCGACUUCUUUGGAGCUUGAGAAGGUGUACGAGCUCAUCUGUACACAGUGCGAAACGGGGCCAGCGUCGGAAUGGGAUGAACAGAUUCGCCUCGAUGUCACGAGAACAUUCGGGAUAUCCGCGCGGCGGCAGCACCGCAAGAGCAUAGACCCUACUUCACGUGCUAUAUGCCAUUCGAACGGCGUCGCAAUUCCACUCGAGAGACGGCAAGCAGCGCUGCAGAAUGUGCUUCGGGCUUGUGCUAGCGUGGAUACCGAAGUCGGGUACUGCCAGGGGAUGGAUCACGUCGCGGCGUUGAUGCUGGCUGUGAGUGACUGGAACGAAGCGCGUGCAUUCUGGUUGCUUGUUAGCCUCCUUGCAUCCCCACGGUUCGAGCUUGAGAGACUGUAUGGGCCAGGACUGCCGCAUCUAACUCUCCGCUGCUUCCAGCUGGACCGCCUUCUACGAAUGCAUCUACCUCUGCUAUCCGAGCACUUUCAGGCUAUCGACUUCCCAAUCAGCAUCGUUGCAACAGGGUGGUUUAUGACUCUUUUCACCAACAUGGAGGCGCUGUCCUACGACGUCGUUAUACAAGUGUUCGAGGGAUUUAUUUUCAAGGGAUGGAACCAUAUCCUCCGCACCGCUCUUGUGAUCUUGGAGGAGCUGCAGAGACCCAUUCUUGCCAGCUCUUUUGACGAGAUCCCUCGCCUGUUUUACGACAUCCAGGACCUCGACUCAUGGACGCGGGAUACGUCCUCACGCAAUCAGCAAAGUUCGAGGUGUCUGAUCGAAUGUUGA